GAAACAAAAUACGCUCCUUCCACGAGAAUCACCUGAUCGACAAGCUAAUCUUUUUUUUUUUUUUUAAUUCUUUUUUUCUACUUGCUUUUUCAAGAUUUUGUAUAAAUAUGACUGUCGAGUCCAUCCAAGAGACUCAAGAUCGAGUCUCCGAUCUUGGAAUUCAGCAGAAAUCCAAGGAUUUCUCAUCGCCGGUAAUGGCCACUGCAUCCGGUGAUCUCUGCAGGAAGAUGAUGGGAGUGAAGGAGUUUACCGAGGCAGAGAUGGAUACGGAGAGCAGGGGAUCAUCGGAGGAGUCGCCUAAAUCUGUCGGCAAGUGGAGGAGGAAUAUAAGCAACAUAAGGUUUGUGCAUAACCAGGUUUUGAGAAUUAGAGAGGAGGAUUUACAUCUCGGUGAAGAUAUUGGUGAAGGAUUAAGCGCCAAAGAUAAGGUAAUGAAUGCAGGUUUUGGUCAGAAUACGCAACUUGGACGCGUGGCUUCGGUUGUGGAUAUGGUGUUGUUUUCCAGGCCAAUCUUGCCUUGCUCGCCUCUCAGUGGAAAAACCACCGUCAGAUUCAGAGCUGUGCCGUGAUAAAAUACUCCAAUCCAUCACCAAAGUUUCAGCAGGAAAGCAGCAGAUGAUGUAAAGGUGGAAAGUGGGUGUUUGUUUACGGUGUUAUGAAGGUUAAAACAAAGGUUAAGGUUUUCCUUCUUGCUUAUAAGACGAAUCAGUGAGAGAAUUAUGACUGUAACCAUUCACCCUUCCCUUGUGUACAGUGAAAGAGGAAAAUUAAAAAAAUAGAAAGAAAGAAGAGAGCGGCAUAUAGGAGAUGAGCUCUUUUGUUAUUUUUAUUAUUUUCAA